AUGCUCCCUGGCGGCAUGGGGUCACACAGAGCACCUCCCGGAGGGCUCGAUUCAGCCCUAGCAGCCGCCUCGGCCGCUGCUGCAGCAGCAGCCGGACCCGCGUCCCCCUACCAAGCCCCGCUUCGCGCUCCCCCAGGCGGCCCCGUCCCGGACCCGCGCCACCACCCCUUCGCCCCUCCGGCGCGCGCCUUCCCCGGUUCCCCCGCCUCUCCGGCUGCUGCUACAGCGGACGCUGAGGCGGCGGCGGCGGCUGCCGCGGCGGCUGUAGCGGCUGCGGUGUUUCGACCGGCUGGCGGGGCGCCGUCCCCUCCUGUGUCCGCGGGGCGCGCGCAACUGGCGGCGGCGAAGCAGCAGCAGGCGGUGCAGGAGCUGCUGCGCCAACAACAGGCGCAACCGCAGGCGCAGGGGAGGCCGCAGCAGGCGCAGAAGCCGUCCCCGUUUCAUCAGGAGCUCGAGCAGCAGUUGAACCAGCUGUCACAUAGGAAUUCACCAGACCAGCCACGGUCGCCGCAGCACCAGCCGCGGUCGCCGCAGCAGCAUCCGCAGCAGCAGAGAGGCGCGAUUGACCUGGGUGCGCUGAGAGGGAGGCUGGCAGCAGCGGAGGAGAGAGCGAUUGGAAGCGAGAAGGAGCGGCGGCGGUCGCUGGACAGACUGAACGCUAGCCCGUCCCCGUCUGUGAGCUCCCGCUCCGACCCUGGCGCUCUUCUUGGUGGCGGUGGUGGGGACGGCAAGGACAGGGAGAAGGAAGUGCAGGAGCUCAAGGCGAGACUCGAGGCUGCAGAGGAACGAGCCUCUGAUGCAUCAUUGGAUUGCAAGAGGCUGUUUCAGGAGCGUAACCAGCUCAGGCAGCAACUGGCCGCGCAGCAGGCUCUGCUGGCAGACGCUAAGAAGCACCAGGAAGCAGCAGCUGCGGCUGCGAUCGCGAAACUAACAGUUGGUGGUGGUGUGGGUGUGGAGGCCGAAAGAGAGAAGGAGGCGCACAGGAAGCAGAUACAGGCGAUGGAAGAAGCAAUGAGAGAGAAGGAGAGGCAUGUGCGAGAGCUUGAAGAGAAAGUGAGAGAGCUGGAGGGGAGGUUGAGGGAGAUAGAGGAGAAGAGGGGGAAGGAGGCGGAGGAGUGGGUAGCGCAGCAGGAGAAAGGGAUGAAGGAGGAGGAGAAGGUUAGGGGCGAGCAGGAGCGGAAGGUGAAGGAGCAGGAGGGGAGGAUCGAGGAGCAGGAGAGCAGGAUUGGGAAGCAGCAGGAUAUUAUAGAAGAGUUAGAGGACACGGUAGAUUCUCAGGAGGCGAAGCUGAAAGCGCAGGACGAGAGGAUUGAACUGCAGGAGGGUAGCAUCAGGGAAUUAGGGACUAAGGUUGAGGAGCAGAGGGGCACUAUUAUUGAGCAGGAGAGGACGAUUGAGGAGCAGAAGGGAAGGAUAGAGAGCCUGGGGGGGCAGGUGGGGGAAUUGCAAGGGAAGCUGGCUGAGGUGGAGGAGGAAGGGAGGAAGAAGGGGAGUGUUGGGGGGCAGAGGGAGGAGGAGUUUUUAGCUAUGGAGAGGAGGGUUUUGGAGAGAGAGGAGAGGUUGUUAGUGCGGGAGGAGAGGGUGAGUGCGAGGGAGGAACGGGUGGCGGAGAGGGAGGAGAGGGCGAGGAGGAAGGAGGAGGAGGGGGAGUAUGGCCGGCAGGUUGUUUUGAGCCAAGCGGUUGCCAAGGAAAAGGAGGAGGCACUGGCGAAGCAGGUCCAGCAGUGGAAGGCAGAGGCAGAAGCACACAAAGCAGCCAGCGCCAAGUGGGAGGAAUCCCACAGCAAGGUGCAGGAAGAGAUUGAAAACAUGAAAGCUGCAGCUUCUGCUGCAACAGCAGCAGCAGCAGCCAGCAGCGCAGGGAGAGAAGAGGAGCUGAAGCAAGCACAGGCAGAGCUGCAGCAGCUGAGGCGCCUGCAGCAGCAGGCAGAGCAGCAGGCGCAGCAGCAGGGUGCGGAAUGGGAGGAGAAAAAGGCCGAAUGGGAGCAGAAGCUGUUGGAAAAAGAAGGGGAGGUGCGGAAAACGCGGGUAGAGGCCGAUGGAGUCCGGAGGGAACUAGAAAGAGUGAGAGCCGAGAGGGAGCAGGAGAGGAACGCGCUCCUGAACAAAGCACCGUCGUUUGGGAGGGAGAGGGAGCAGCAGGAGUGGAGGAGGAAGGAGGCGGAGUGGCUGGCGAAGGAGCAGGAGCUGAUAGAUGUUGCGGUGGAGGUGGAGGAGGAGGCGGAGAAGCUAAGAGGACAGCUGGAGGGGAUGAGAGUUGAGGUGGAGGAGUGGAAGGGCAAGGCAGGGGGGUUGCAGGUGGAGUUGGAAGGUGCGAAGAAGGCUGCUGCACUGGCGGCACAGGGGAGCGUGGGGAAGGAGGUGCUGCUGAAGGAGCAGGAGCUGCGGCAGCAGGCGCAGGACAAGGCGGAGGUGCUGGCAGUGAAAGUGGCGGCGAUGCAGGAGGAGCAGCGGCAGGCAGAGCAGCAGCGGGCAGAGCUAGAGAGGAAGGUGGCGGAGCAGCAGAGCAACAUCCGCCACCUGCAGUCUUUCGCUGCCGAGACAUCCUCCACCUCCAAGGCCCAAGUUGCCAAGGCUCAGGAGGAGAUUGAUUACCUGCGCGCACAACUGGCGAAGGCUGCUCAGGCUGCAGUGGCAUCAAGGCACAACGUCAGCAGCAGCGAGGCAGAGAAGAAGCAGAUUGCUGAGAUGAAGGUUCAGCUGGCAAUGGUGCAGGAGAAGCACCAGCGGGCAAUAGAGGAGGUGAAGAGGCUGAAAGAGGCAGCUGAAGCAGAGCAGAGCAAGGCGAGGGCCGCAGUGGCCCAGCAGCAGCAGCUGCAAUCGCGGAUAUCAACUGAUGUGGCUGCAUGGACCGACGCAACAAACCGGCUGCAGCAGCAGGUGGACAAGCUGAUGAGCGACAUGCGGACGUUGGAAGCUUCCCUCGCUGCAGUGGAAGCAGUGGACAGGUGGACCAAUCACAGGGUGAAGCUGAUGCAGCAGCAGCAGGGGUUCACGUGCUCUGGUUGCCGGUCGUACGGGGUUGGGCUGUCGUGGCGGUGCCUAGCGCCCCAUUGCCCAGAUGCGUUCCAUGUGCAGUGCUUUGGGAUGAGAUAA